AUGGCGCUCUGGAGCUCUCUCUGCGAAAUAAGAGAUGCUAUUCCCAAAGGGCUUUUUGAAAGGGACAUGCGACGAGGACUAGCCUACUUGGGACGUGAUUUGACAUUUGCAAGCUUCGCGGUGUGGUCGAUUUGGGCGACCGAUAAUAUUUUGUUGCAAGGACCGGUAUCUCGACUACUUCAUCCAGCUGGCGUUGAAGGCCUACGGUGGCUUGCUUGGAUUUCCUAUUGGUGGUUCCAAGGGUUGAUAUUGACCGGGCUAUGGGUCAUCGGCCACGAGGCAAGUUGUGGUCACGGAGCAUUCUCAAGGCAUCGGCGAAUUAACGAUGUCAUUGGUUUCAUCAUCCAUACGUCACUUUGGACUCCGUAUUUUAGCUGGAAGGUCUCGCACCAUCGCCACCACAUUAGUAGUGGCUCUAUGGAAAAGGAUCAAGUAUACGUUCCAAAAACACGCUCCGAUUUGGGCAUACCUCAAAAAGCGACAUCGCUAGACUAUCAAGAAAUCUUCGGAGACACUCCUCUAUAUACUCUGUUCACCCUCAUCCGCCAGCAAAUAUUGGGUUUCCCUGCAUAUUUGUGCUUCAACAUUUCAGGUCCAAAAGAGUAUCCUAAAUGGACGAACCAUUUCAACCCUAACGCGGUCAUAUUCACUCCGUCGCAAUGGAGGGUAGUAGUAGUAUCUGAUCUAGGCAUCGGGUUCAUGAUCUGGUUUUCUUACAUCUUGUGUUCUACAUGCGGCACGGUCAACGUCCUCAAGUAUUAUGCUAUACCGUGGCUGAUGGUCACAAAUUGGUUUAUUAUGGUCACGUACCUACAGCAUACUGCACCUGAGGUUCCACAUUAUCGAGGAAAUGCUUGGACCUUCACUCGAGGAGCAGCAGCCACUGUUGACCGAGAUUUCCUCGGUUGGCAGGGUAAAUUUUUCUUCCAUGGUGUAGCUCACUAUCAUAUCGUUCAUCAUUUUUUCCCAAAAAUGCCGUUCUACCAUGGAGAAGAAGCUACCCGUUAUCUCAAGGAGUUUCUAGGGAUUCACUACAUCUAUUCUGAUGAUCCGACAUUCAAAUCAUUGUGGGAUACGUAUAACAAGUGUCAGUUUGUGGAGGACGAAGGUACGGUAUUAUCUGCUUGA